UGAAAACUACUUAAAUGAUAUUCUAACUCGAAAUGAUAUAGUUGCAGAAAAUAAUGAGGGAUUAACCGCAAUUCUUGAUGAUGCUCUAUCCAAUCAUCAAGAAAUUCCAUUUAUGGCCAUUGAUAAUGAAAGGUCAUUAGAAAAAAUAAAUGGAAAGUACCGCUAUAUAUUACGUCUCUACAGCUCUCUUAUUAAUGGCCAAAGGGCAAUGGUAACACAUUCUGAUAUUCCUGUAUUCUUUGACAUUCUUGUACCAGACGGGGAGUGUGCAGAUGAAUGUGAAACAAAAGUAAGAGAUAUUCUCUCCGGUAGUAAGACAUAUUUACGAAUUUAUACAAGUAGCACUGGUAAAAGAAAGACAGCCAUGAAAGCCAUUCAAGAUAAUAAUUAUGAAACUGCAUCAGAUAACCUGUACUCAUUCCACCAUAAAGUAGCAAGAGAGAAUCGAAUUCAACUUUUCGGGGAUCAUACUCUUGUCUUCACAUGGGAUAUAGAGACACAAUCACAAGAGUUGGGUGAAUUUGCCAAAGUUCUCGAUCUGAAUCAAAAUGUUUUUAUGAUUUGCAUAACAUUACAUUGGAAAGAUGACCCAAAACCGCUAAAAAACCAAGAAAAUCUGCUAAAAGCAUUCACUCUCUGCUGGCGAGCAUUUGUCACAGACAUCCAAAAAUAUCGUGAAAAAAUAGGAGCGAAAUCUGAAAAUAUUUUCAAGAAAAAGAAUACUGUUAAGGCUCCUGAGGAAGGGGAGGAGGAUCUAGAAGAGAAUGAAUAUAUGGGUGGUCCAAUUAAGAUCAAAAUUAGUGCAGAAGAUGAUUUUACUUCUAGCUUUCUUAAACUGCCAGACGCACUAUGCUGUCAAGACCUUUUGGUAAACCAAAGUAUAAUAAAUGAUUAUAGAGAAAUUGCCUCAAUAGCUUAUGUUUCUCUUUUUGACGUACACUAUCGCGCAAAUAGAAUGAAAGUACAAAACCUUCUCAGCGCAUAUGCUGUCAAACGGGAUAUGGUAAUUAAUACAAGAAGGCCUGUAACGGAAUUGGAUUUUGCUUCACUAUAUCCUAGCAUUAUCAUGGUAUAUAAUCUCUCUCCAGAAAAAUUUAUAUUUGAUCCAAAGGAUGCCGAUAUUGCGCAAAAUAAUGAAAAUAACUUAUAUAAGAUUGAGUUUUCAUUUAAUAAACAUAUUGUCCAAGCUUGUUGCAUCUGCCAUGAUAGCCAAAUGGAAAAAAAAGGCCUAUAUCUGGGCUUAUUAGAGGAUUUAUUUAAUAAGAGGCUGAAGCUUAAAGCACGUCUAGCUCCACUAGGAAAGAAAAAGCAACAUCUUGGGAAGAUGAUAAGUUUAGCUAAAGAAAGAGGCAAAAGGAUUCCAGAAAGCUUAAAUUUAGAAUACUCAUCCAUAUGCUUCGAUUACGAUUAUUGGGAUUUAAAUCAAAAAGCUUUAAAGCUAUAUAUGAAUACUUUUUAUGAGGAAGCAGGAAACUCAAAAUCUCCAAUCUUUCUUCACGAAUUAGCCUAUGAGAUUAUUAUAGCAGGAAAAACAACCUUAAUUUUGUUGCCGAAUUCAUAUCAAAGAAAGGGUUUGGGAUAA